AGGUUAGCUUCUCAUUCAGCAGUACGUAUGUCUGCAGCUGAAGAGACUGCCGUCGUCCGAGUGCAGUUUAAUGAUGAAUGGAUUGUUCGAUUUCAUGUGAAAACGCUUAGAGAAUUGAGUCAGAAUGUUAUAUCGCAUUAUUAUUGGGGUGCAGGAACAAGCAGUGGGGUACAACCGAAGCAUGUUCGGUUGAUUUUACCGAAUGGAAGCGAGCUCGACGAUCGCACAUGGAAUCAGUACAUGGAUCGCCUAAGGUCUAGGAAGGGAGCACUGAAGCGUGAGGACAUGUUGCUGUGCUUUGCUAAGAGACUUGACUACGAUACGGUCGAAAGUGGGAGAGAUACGCUAGAUAGCGAUUCCAGCGUCUCUACUAUGCAGAUAGACAAUCAGCCAUCGAAACGUGCCAUGAUCUCGACGAAUCCUGAGCUAGAUUGAGACAUCUGAAUGGUGUCUCUAUGUUGUCCUUGUCGUGUAUUAUUCCAGAUCUUGCUUCUCAUGUCAUAUCUGAUCUAGAAGCCUCUUAGUCUUGACGAAUAGCUGAUUCUUCUCUGGGUUAAGUUAAGAGGAAUUUCCGAAUCCUCUUCUUUUGUCGGUGUUAUGUAUUUGCUUUGCUCAUUGCAUGUGACAUCUCUGAUCCAAAAUGGUAAAUAGUGCUCAAUAAAACUCUUCAUUUGG